GAGAGAGAGAGAGAGAGAGAGAGAGAGAUGAGGAAGCUACUUGGCAAUUCUCUGAAGCUUCCAGAUUCCCAGCUAUGCUCAAGGCUGUCAGAGCUGGCGCUGGACGGUGCAGGAAGAGUGAAGAUUUGUCCUGACGGGCGCCCAGUCAGUCAAUGCCGGAGACUCUUGUCUGCUCCAGUGUCGACGGAGGGGGACGAGGCCGGGCUCGGGUGCUGUCUAUUUCAGAAUGGAAACUCGGCAAGCUCGUCAUCGGCAGGAGGAAAAGGCAGCAAUGAUAACAACAUGAGUUGCGCGAUAACAGGCUCCUCCCAAUGCUUCCUCGACCGGGGUGCCACCACCGCUUCGCAGCAGUUGCAGGCGGUAUCUGGCGCUGGGAUAGCACCAUCCUCUCCAGUCAUCACCAACACUUCAGUUUCUCGAACCCUACAAUCGUCGUCUGUAAUCUGUCGGCGGAACCUUGCUCAUUGCGCAUGUCGCCAUAUGACGACCAUGACAGAGAGCCAGCUGAUGAUAGAUACACCGGUAGCGGACAUGCUGUUCGAGACAAAGGCAUCCGCAACAUUUACAUCAUAUGCCGCAUCGGCAGCUCAAGAGGAGGAAGACCAGCAGGACAGCGAUGACGAUGUGGGACCCACAGAAGGGGUCCCUUCAGAGUCCAAGGAGAAUGGGGCGCCGUAUCUAGCAAAGGGUGAGAGGGUGUAUGGCGAAGCAGUGAUGGCGAACGGUGCAGCCACCGAAGUGAACGGUACCGUGAGAAGCACAGUCGGUACCGAAGGAGAUAACCUAACCGGGACCGCAGAGGUUAGCAACGAAGCGUUUGGCGGGACCACGGAGGUUGGCUCUUGCGAGUCGUCAUUUCGGUGCUGGAACUGCGGUCAACGGAGGGUUGAUUCAACAAGUCGAUUGAGCGUCAAUCACUUUGAUCUCUUUUCGCUGAAACAGGAGUUCUGGCAAAAGCGCCUGCAUCCAGACCUGUUUGCGACCAAGUCGGCCACAGAGAAAGCUCAUUCCGCUCAGCAAUCGGCGCAUGCGGUCAACGCAUACUACACCCUCAAACGCCCACUCUCGAGGGCCAUGUAUAUGGUUCAACUAGAGGCACCCGAGGUGGGAAACGACAUAGAGGACGGCACUGUACAGGACAGAAGCUUGCUGAUGGAAGUGAUGGAUUUCCGCGAGAGGAUUGAACACGCAAAUGGCGACAGCGGCAUGUUAAAGAGGCUUGCUGAUGAGAACUCCGAGAAGGCAGUGAACAACAUGGAGGCCGUGGCCACAGUGCUGGAUGCCAAACACUGAGCACGCAAAGAUGUUGAUUCAGAGAUGGACAUACUACAAGCAUAUUGCUGAGGAGAUUGACCAACAAAUGUAGGAGGAUGAG